AACUAAAUACCGUUUUCUGAAAAUAAUUAUUAGAAACAUGCGUAUAAGGACAACAACAAAGUGACUCUUUUUAAACAAAUAAAAAAGCUAUUAACAAACUCCACAGAAAAAACCUUCUUACUUCCUACGAGUUACUUUUUUCUACACUGUCGAUUACAAGAUUAUUAAGUCUCAAUUAAAAAUAUACAGUCUAGUAACCUGUCUACCAGUACGUAACACAUUUGUUCCUCAUUACACAUUCCAAGACUAUCUUCUCAAUUUAAGGUCAUCUACAAUUAGACAAGUUCAUUUUAGAACAUCAUCUUGUUAUGAAACAUUGACCACUACCUGCGUCGAAAUAGAUUGACUUGUACCCAAGUAAGUAGGUAUAUAAAGUGUAAUAACUGUGUUAACAUUAUCAGUCAUAUCUAGAUCUCCUCUGUAGUCAGUCUCACAGACUUAAGUAUUAUUAAAAUGAAAUUGUUCAUCGUCUUAGCUGCCAUCGCUUUGGCUGAGGCCGGCAAAUUGCCCAGGACAUACCUCCCACCUAACUCCCAAAACCAAGCCUCUGCUGGAGCAGCCUACUACCAAUCCAGUCAGUCAUCUGGACCUCAAGCCGUAACCGCCUACGCCGGCUUCGAAUCCCGUCCCGAGCGAGCUCAAGCUGCCUUGGAAAGGAACGCCGCCAUCCUCCGAUACGACAACAACAAUGAUGGAGAGACUUACGCGUACGCUUACGAGACUGAGAACGGUAUCGUCGCCGAGGAGAACGGAGUCGCCACCAACGGAGUCCAGGCUCAGGGAGGAUACUCCUACACCGGAGAUGAUGGUCAGGUCUACUCUGUGAGAUACACCGCUGACGAGAACGGCUUCCAGCCUCAGGGCGACCACCUCCCCACCCCUCCCCCUAUCCCCGAGGAGAUCCUGAAGGCUCUGGAGCAGAACGCCCGUGACGAGGCCGCCGGCAUCUUCGACGACGGUAAAAACCUUUUUCGUAUUUCAUUGCAAACUUUACGUUCCUACGCUGAAGCUAAAUACGGUGACAACAGCCAACAGCAGUACUACAACAACGCCCAGUCUGCCGCCGGCAACAGCAACGCCGCGUACUCCCGCACCGAGGCCACGUACAGGGGCAGCGCCGCCCCACAGAAGGCCUACCUCCCGCCCUUCGCGCAGCGCGACUCCCAGAGGAGCGGAGCGCAGCAGUACAACGCCAGGACCGGCUACCUAACGGUAGCCGGUCCUGGCGUUGUACUGCUGCGCUCCGCUCCUCUGGGAGUCGCGCUGCGCGAAGGGCGGGAGGUAGGCCUUCUGUGGGGCGGCGCUGCCCCUGUACGUGGCCUCGGUGCGGGAGUACGCGGCGUUGCUGUUACCGGAGGACUGGGCGUUGUUGUAGUACUGCUGUUGACUGUUGUCACCGUAUUUGGCUUCAGCUUUCUUACCGUCGUCAAAGAUACCAGCGGCCUCAUCGCGUGCGUUCUGCUCCAGAGCCUUCAGGAUCUCCUCGGGGAUAGGGGGAGGGGUGGGGAGGUGGUCGCCCUGAGAGUAGACCUGACCAUCAUCUCCGGUGUAGGAGUAUCCUCCCUGAGCCUGGACUCCGUUGGUGGCGACUCCGUUCUCCUCGGCGACGAUACCGUUCUCAGUCUCGUAAGCGUACGCCUCCGUUCUGGCUGUAAGCGUCAGCAGAAAAUCCGUUGCUGGCGUAAGCAGCAGUUUGGACUUGGAAUCCAGAGGAUUGGCGAGGGGUCUGGAGGAAGGAUGAUCCUGAUGAGGAUUGCGCGUUGGGAGGAAGCUUUUCUUUCUUUGUUUCAGUUUGUGGUAGCCGCUGUCCUCGGUGUCUGUUUAGCAGACCGCCUUGACAACAAAUACCUCCCACCCAGAGGCAACGCUGGUGCUGGUGGUUUCGGCCCCGGUUUUGGCGCCGCUGGUGCUCCGGCUUUCGGUAAAGGUGGUGGUGCUGGAGGUUUCGGCGGCGGCGCCGGUGGAGCCGGUGGAUUCGGCGGCGGUGCGGGCGGAGCCGGUGGAUACGGCGGUGCUGCCGGAGGUUACGGCGGAGCUGGAGCCGGUUCCGGUUUCGGCGGUGGUGCUGGAGGAUACAACGCCCGCGGAAGUUCCUCUCCCGACGCUGGUGCUGAGAUCCUCAGACAAAAUAGCGAAGUGACCGCCGAAGGCUUCUCUUACGACUUCGAGACCUCCAACGGAAUCCGCGCUGACGCUCAAGGUGUUGCGACUAACGGAGUCCAGUCUCAGGGUAGCUUCGCUUACAAGGGCGAUGAUGGUCAAGAUUACAGCAUCACUUACACCGCUGACGAGAAUGGCUUCGUACCCCAGGGUGCUCAUUUGCCCACUCCUCCCCCGAUCCCUGAGGCUAUCCUGAAGAGCCUGGAGCAGAACGCCCGUGAUGAGGCCGCUGGAAUCACUGACGAUGGUACUUACCGCGGUGAGGGCGCUGGUGCUGGCGCUGGCAACGGCUACCCUAGCGGCGGUCCUGGUGGUUACUCUGGUGCCGGAGCUGGCGCUGGUGGCUACAACGGUGCUGGAGCUGGCGGUGCUGGCCGUGGUGGAGCUGGGUCUGGUUUCGGCGGUGCAGGCUCCGGCUUCGGCGGUGCCGGUCGUGGGGCUGGUGGUGCUGGAUCUGGCUUCGGCGGCGCCGGUCGCGGUGCUGGCGGUGCUGGUGGCGCUGGAGCUGGCUUCGGAGGAGCUGCUUCCCGUCAGUACCUCGCCCCCAACGCUGGCGGCAGGGGCUCCGGAUCAGGAAACUUCAACUCUCAGACUGGAUACCGAUACUAAGUUUGGAUAAUCGUCUUGAUGCUUGGAGGUGAUGACUGUGCAAAUGUACAAAAAAGAACUUCAAUUUAUAAGUUAAAUAUUAAACAUCUUUUUUUUAUUUUUCUUGUAAUCGC